UUACGUUUUGUCGAUGCGACGAGCCCCAAGCAGUUACGCUUAUGAGACACCAUAUGUUUCCCGCAUCACCAAUGUUCCCGCAGACGGCAUACCACAUAAAGCUCCUCGAAUUUUAUAAGGAGUUGUUUAUGACAGGCCAUCUUGCAAACCAAGCAUUCGCCAAAGCAUGCGCUAAAUUGCACAUGUACGAGAAUGUCGAACGACUUCGAAUCACUUUUGCAAAUGCUUUUUUUGCGUAUCUCGAGGUGCUCACAAAAGCAGAGGAGUUAUCCGUUGCAGAGCACCAGCACACCAUCCAGGCUUACAAUGAUGACGCUUGCCCGGCAUGUCCCAAGGAUGGGAUGAUCAUCGCGCUAGAUGGAAACUUUCAACUGCGUAGACGGAUGGCAAACAGCGAUGAUUGCAAGUUGCAUGAAUCAGCUACUUUUUUUAGUGCAGAUGCCAAGCACAGCACUUACGCCAAAGCCAACGACGCAUCUUCGAAAGAUCAUAAGUGUGACUCCAAGUUUCGAAAUGCAGAUGAGUCAUACGUAUCUCGAGCAAUACGACAGUGCUACGAGUCCGGAGUGCUUGGGUGCGUAUGUCGUCACAAUCUGCCAUUGGAGUUCACCAACAUUGUUCAGUCUGGUGAAAAGCACAAGUACCCCCUGUCUGUCAUAGAUGUGCUCAUGAAAAAACAUGGCACCAAAGUUCUCAAAAUUAUGUAUGACAUUGGUUGCCAUUUUGAGCCGGCAAUUAAAGAGAACUUUCCGGAUUGGGUGGGGAAUGUUGCUGUUGGCGUCUUCCACGCCUAUGCCCAUUCUAUGGACUGUCAGGUGCAAUACAAUCCUAGAUUGAUUGAAGGGUUUGGCCUGACAGACGGUGAAGGAAUGGAACGACUCUGGUCGUAUCUAUCUGGAUUCGCUACGAUCACCAGAAAUAUGUGUGCAAAACGAAGGAUGCUCACGUUGAUUCAAGCGAUACAGCAUUUCAAGAACGAGCACCUUCAAUCCUUGCGUAAGUGUAAAAAUUUUUAA